ACGAGCCACAGAAGCAGCCACGCCAACAGCGCCAAGCGCGGCAGGUGCUGGCCCGCCCGCCCGCCCGCCCGCGCGCUCCGCAAGGCUGCGCCCUGCCCUUGCGCAGCAGAGCCACCUAAACUAACCUAAAGCCACCCGUGAAUACUACUAUACUCCCAUCCCAGUAAAUAAACAAGUAAACCGCCUCCGCGCUCGCAAGAUAAAUACGCACUCCGAGGCCGCGCACACACGCAGCCCGAAACGCGAGCGCAAUCAACACCCACCAUUACCCACCGCAGCAGGCAGCAGCGGCGUUCGCAAUGGCGGCUCGUCUUGCCUGAGGAGAGCUUCAAGGAGCGCGCGCAUUGGCGCCGCCCGCGGCGUGGCCCAUCGCCGCCGAUCGCCGGCGCCCCCGUCACCGCGUUGUGUUGGCGGAACAGCUUAAGCCAGCUUGCUGCGCCGUCAGGAAGCCGAAACGCGGCGUCCCCGCGGAUGGCGGGCCGCCGUCUGGCGACGACGCUGACGCUGCUGGCGGCCGCGUUCCUGGCCGCCGCCGGCGCAGCAGCAGGCAGCAAGCCCUCGGCGAAGUUCGAGCUCAUCCACCGGGAGCAGGCGCCCUGGGACGAGGUGGCGCGCAUGGACCAGGAGCGCACGGCGUUCAUCUCCUCGCACGCUCGUCGCCGCCGCGCCACGGAGGCGGCCGCCGGUGCCAAGCCCAAGGCGAGGGCGAAGGCCACGCCGCCGGCGGACGAGGCCUUCGCGAUGCCGCUCUCGUCGGGCGCAUACACGGGCACCGGCCAGUACUUCGUGCGCUUCCGCGUGGGCACGCCAGCGCGGCCGUUCCUGCUCGUGGCCGACACCGGCAGCGACCUGACCUGGGUGAAGUGCCGCCGCCGCCGCCACGACGCGCCAGCCCCGGGCUACAGCGCCCCAGCGUCGAACGGCUCCUCGUCCUCCUCCUCCUCGCUCGCGCCGGCGGCAUCCUCCCACGCGCGCGUGUUCCGGCCGGACAGGUCCCGGACGUGGGCGCCCAUCUCGUGCUCCUCCGACACCUGCACGGCGUCCCUGCCCUUCUCGCUCGCGGCCUGCCCCACCCCCGGCAGCCCCUGCGCCUACGACUACCGGUACAAGGACGGGUCGGCGGCGCGCGGCACGGUGGGCACCGACUCGGCGACCAUCGCGCUGUCGUCGUCGUCGGCGCGGCCGGCCGGCAAGAAGCGGCGGCAGGCGCAGGCCAAGCUGCAGGGCGUCGUGCUGGGCUGCACCACGUCCUACGACGGCGAGAGCUUCCUGGCCUCCGACGGGGUGCUCAGCCUCGGCUACAGCAACGUCUCCUUCGCGUCCCGCGCCGCGGCGCGCUUCGGCGGCCGGUUCUCCUACUGCCUGGUCGACCACCUCGCCCCGCGGAACGCCACCAGCUACCUCACCUUCGGCCCCAACCCGGCCGUGUCCUCGGCCUCCGAGACGGCCUGCGGGGGCUCGGGCUCGGGCUCGGCGGCGCCCGGCGCGCGCCAGACGCCGCUGCUGCUUGACCGCCGGAUGCGCCCGUUCUACGCGGUCGCCGUCAACGGCGUCUCCGUCGACGGGGAGCUCCUCCGGAUCCCGCGCCGCGUCUGGGACGUCGAGAAGGGCGGCGGCGCCAUCCUCGACUCCGGCACGAGCCUGACGGUCCUCGUGAGCCCGGCGUACCGCGCCGUGGUGGCGGCGCUGAGCAGGAAGCUGGCCGGGCUGCCCCGGGUGGCCAUGGACCCGUUCGACUACUGCUACAACUGGACGUCGCCGUCGACGGGCGAGGACCUCGCCGUGGCCGUGCCGGAGCUGGCCCUGCACUUCGCGGGGUCGGCGCGGCUGCAGCCGCCGCCCAAGAGCUACGUCAUCGACGCGGCGCCCGGCGUCAAGUGCAUCGGCCUGCAGGAGGGCGACUGGCCCGGGGUGUCCGUCAUCGGCAACAUCAUGCAGCAGGAGCACCUCUGGGAGUUCGAUCUCAAGAACCGACGGCUAAGAUUCAAGCGGUCGCGGUGCAUGCAAUGAUUCGACCCACCGCGGCCUUCCAACCGCUCCUCACUCCACUUCUUUUUUUUUUAUUUUUUUACCCCUUGGUGGUGGUGAUCUUUCUGAUUCUUUUUCUUUUAUCCAUGUUCAGAUACUGAUGCAAUGAGAAAAAUUGUACCUUCUUGCAAUGCAAAGUGAUAAGCUGUAAUCAGUUUUCCUCUCUUGUUCUUCUCAUUCUAGUGAAUAUAUUCGUUCCCAGUUCACUUGCU